UGAUGAGACGAGCCCGCGGCGUGUAGAAGGGCUGGGCAUUUUUUUUGCAGUUUGCGCAAGUGCGAAACCAAAAAAGGUUCAUUAUCGAAUUAAACAUAUAUUAUAUAUAAUAUAACGAGAUUACAAUGUGGACGGAGGAAGAAUCUGCACCAUGGGAUACUGAGGAACCCGCGGCAGCGGGUGCUGAGGGUGCGGCUGAAGGUGCACCCGCCGAGGCAGCUGUUACCGAGAAACCUGUCUUGAAAUUGUUAAAGCUUGAACCGCCGCAUUAUAAUCAUCACUGGGUUCGACCACUGUUUCUUAAUUACGCAUAUCUUUACGAUUAUAGGAAGAACUAUUACGAUGACGUGAUCGAUUAUCUUAAUUCGAGGCAGAAGGGUAUAUACCGUGAGCCGCCCAGGGCUCAGGAGUGGGCAGAAAGGGCUUUGAGAACUUACGAUCAAAAGAAUGUAGAUAAAAGCUUCAAGCGAUCGGCCGACAUGAAGUAUAUUACUAAUAUGAGACUCACAUCCAGACACUACAGUUAUCAUACUCGUGCUUACUAUAGUCUGAAAUACCAGAAGAUUCUGUGAAUCUGUAUACCGAUCACUGUCAAAAGACAACCAUCAAAGACAAGUGAAAUUUCAUAUAUCCGCUCACACAAUCUCUCAAAAUCUUCAUCAAUAUUGUUAUUUGACGUAUGUCUUUCUAAUUGUCUCUAUUAUGUCUCUUGUUUGCGACUAGAAAAUUUUUAUUAGAUGUU